AUGGCGAAGAAUGCGAAGGUCACAGCAGAAGAUGAAAUAGUAAAGAGAGCCCUGGAAAAUGUCGACAGUACGAUUCUCGAAACCCUGGGAAUGGAGAAACCUGUAGCUACAACUACAUCCACAUCCAUGGAACCACCAGUAUGCGAUCGAUGUCACAAUCUCAAGAAUCAUCAAACAGGUGUUUCUAUAUAUCAUCCUUCCGUGGAAGCACUACAACAAACGAUCUCAGAAUCUCCUUAUAAAUACAAUCACAUAUAUCAUGUCAUAGAUGCCGCAGAUUUCCCCAUGUCUUUUAUCCCCGCUCUGACCAAAACAUUAAAUGUGACGCCCCAAAGAUCACACAAUCGGCGUUCGAGGGCAGGGAAAUUUUAUAGUGAUAGGAAGACUGAGGUUGAUUUUGUGAUCACGCGGUCGGAUCUUCUGGCACCAACGAAAGCGCUUGUUGAUGGAAUGAUGCCGUAUUUGACGAGUGUAUUGAGAGGUGCGUUGGGAAGGGCGGGAAAGGGGGUUCGCUUGGGAAAUGUUAGGUGUGUUAGUGCGGAAAGGGGCUGGUGGACGAAGAAUAUGAAGGAAGAUGUUUUUGAGAGGGGCGGAGGUAAUUGGAUGGUGGGGAAGGUUAAUGUGGGAAAGAGUCGGCUUUUUCAUGAAGUGUUCCCAAAGGGAAGGGGUAGGAAUAAGGUGGUUAUUGGGAAGCCCCUCUUAGUAGAUACCCCGAAGGAUGAAGGAGGCCCAGAGGUGAGGACUAUCGGGGAAUCCCAGUCCUUGCUGAUGGAUGCAGACACUGAUAAAAGUGUUACAAAUGAAGCUACUCCGCCUAUGGCCUCACACACACCAAUGGCAAUAGAAUCAGCGGACAUGGAGGAGGAAUCGGAAGUUGAGGAAUUACCAGAGGGUGAAUCAGAUGACACAAUGUCACUUCUUCCUCCAGCACAGCAAGAAACGGCGUAUCCCUCAAUGCCGCUUGUGUCGUCUCUUCCUGGUACGACCGCAUCGCCGAUCCGAGUACCAUUUGGUAAUGGAAAAGGAGAGCUUAUCGAUCUACCUGGGCUAUCAAGGGGCGAACUCGAGCUUCAUGUACAGCCAGAGUAUCGAAAUUCGCUUGUAAUGAAAUCUAGGAUUAAACCAGAACAAAAAGUGAUGAAGCCUGGUCAGUCAUUGGUACUAGGUGGUGGUCUCAUCAGAAUUACACCCUUAGAUCCAGAUGUUGUUGUGAUGGCUUAUGCUUUCACAUCUAUCGAGCCUGACCCUCAUUUGACAUCAACUGAAAAAGCUAUCGCUAUGCAAAGUAGGGGUAAAGAGCCAUUCAUUGAUAACAUUACGAUUCCUGGAAGCGAAGAUAAGAUCGCUUCAGCUGGAAUUUUUCCUCUAAAGUGGGAUGUCACGAAGGCACGUCUAGCCCCAGCCACGAAGUCAUUGUUUCGUGGGACAAAAUUAGAGCAACUCCCCUUCCACAUCCUUUCUACAGACAUUUUGAUUGAAGGGUGUGGAUGGGUUGAACUUGUUGCACAAGUUAGCAAGAGGCGUCUCAUGAAGCAAGACGCAAUCAAGAAUGAUACAGCACAGGACACAACCUGGGAAUGGGGAGAUGAAAAGGAGGUAGCAGAUGAAAUACCAUGGCCAUCAGUCGAGGUAUUUACUCCUGAAGGCGAAUUUAUCGCUGCUAGGAAGCCUAUGAAUGCAUGGAUGUUCAACGUAAAGAAGCAGACAAAGGCUAAAGCUAGGCCUAGGCGCAGUAUGAAGGGGGUUGAAAAAUCGAAAAAAGCUAGGGCGAAGCUGGCAUGGGCAUAG